UGUGGCACCCGACGGUCCCCUGACUUCUCUCAUGCUCUCAGGCCCGCAAGCCCCGCUCACGUCUCGCCUGCGCGCCUCGCGCCACACGAGAGGCGGUUUAACGGCCGCAGCAGCUCUCGCGCACGAGCACGAGCUCUCAGCGCGUUCCCGCAGACGGCACGCGCCGUUGCCAAGCAAACUGCUUUGCCACGGCUUCCUGCCCCCCACCCCCAAACCCUACUCCGGCACCGGAAGUCCCGCCGCGCGCCCUCUGAACCGGGAAGCACACGCGGGGGCCUGGGCGGACCGGCUUUGAAUGAGAUCCGGCUGAUUCACGGCGGCCCGGGCCGAGGCGGCGCGCUCGGUGUGGGAUCCGGACGGAGGAAAGAAACUGACAUCUUCAUAAUCAAACUGUGGGAGUUGCUGCUGAGUUUGUUCUGCAGUCACCUCUUGUUGAGCACCAGAAAUAUGGAUAGACUUCUGCGGCUUGGAGGAGGUAUGCCUGGCCUGGGACAGGGGCCACCAACAGAUGCUCCUGCGGUCGACACAGCGGAACAGGUGUAUAUCUCAUCCCUGGCGCUGCUGAAAAUGUUGAAACAUGGUCGUGCUGGUGUCCCUAUGGAAGUUAUGGGGCUGAUGCUUGGGGAAUUUGUUGAUGAUUACACUGUGAGAGUGAUUGAUGUUUUUGCUAUGCCACAGUCUGGAACGGGAGUCAGUGUGGAGGCAGUUGAUCCUGUGUUUCAAGCAAAAAUGUUGGAUAUGCUGAAACAGACAGGAAGACCUGAGAUGGUUGUUGGUUGGUAUCACAGUCACCCUGGCUUUGGCUGUUGGUUGUCUGGCGUAGAUAUCAAUACUCAGCAGAGCUUUGAAGCAUUAUCGGAAAGAGCGGUUGCUGUGGUGGUGGAUCCCAUUCAGAGUGUAAAAGGAAAGGUUGUUAUUGAUGCCUUCAGAUUGAUCAAUGCUAAUAUGAUGGUCUUGGGACAUGAACCAAGACAAACAACUUCAAAUCUGGGUCACUUAAAUAAGCCAUCUAUCCAGGCACUAAUUCAUGGACUGAACAGACAUUACUAUUCCAUCACUAUCAACUACAGGAAGAAUGAACUAGAACAGAAGAUGUUGCUAAAUUUGCAUAAGAAGAGUUGGAUGGAAGGUUUGACACUUCAGGACUACAGUGAACACUGCAAACUCAAUGAAACUGUAGUGAAGGAGAUGUUAGAAUUAGCUAAGAAUUAUAACAAGGCUGUUGAAGAAGAAGAUAAGAUGACACCUGAACAGCUGGCAAUAAAAAAUGUUGGCAAGCAGGACCCCAAACGUCAUUUAGAAGAGCAUGUGGAUGUGCUGAUGACUUCAAACAUUGUCCAGUGUUUAGCUGCUAUGUUGGAUACAGUUGUAUUUAAAUAACCCAUUUCCUGUUUGUGAUGCUUUCUGUGUAUAUUUGUUUAUUGUUUCUAAUACUCACAAACAGAGACUGUUGAGGCAACAUUUGGUUAAACAGGGACAUCUGACUUCAUUUGCAGUCUAAGUCUAAGCAGCUCUCUAACACCCUCCAGUCUCUAACUGUGCAGUUGCUUCAGUUUCCUUACAUCAGGGUCUUUACAGAUUCCAAAGCAAUUUAAGAACACAAUGUGGGCAAAAGUGUAUUAAAUUUUCAUUUGAUAUUUGGGGGAAAAAAAAUCAGUAGUACAUAUAUAUUUUGAUUGUUGCAACAUAAUAAAAAUACAUUUACAAGCCUGUCUUAA